CCAUUGUGUGCUGUCUUUGAUCCAACCACAGUUCCUUCUGCUCCAGUCCUCGACUCAACUCCAACAGUCACUACGACUACCAUCACCAUAUCUGGUAGUGUUCCCAGUGGCUCAGUGGUGACUGGCUAUGUGAUCCAGUGGCAGAGAGACACCUCAAUUGUCUGUCCUGAUCUGAGUGACGAUGGUAGUAUCACUGAGACUAGCAGUAGUUUCACUGGCCAUACAAUAAUUGGACUGGAGCCAGGCAAUAGGUACACCAUCACAGUCUCUAAUGGAGCUGGUAGUGGUCCUGUCAGUAACACAGUGACUGCAAUGACUGAGGAGGCAGCUCCCAGUGGUGCUCCUGGCCCAAUCACUUUAGUUGCAGUCACACCAAACAGUGCGACUGUCCAGUGGGGAGAGGUGCCUUGUCCCCAGAGAAAUGGACUAAUCACGGCCUACACAGUUGCUGCAACCAACUCGGGUGGAAUGGGAGAAGGAACUGCUAGUGUUGAUGUAGACGCUAGACAAGCCACAAUCUCUGGACUGACUCCAUCCACACAGUAUACUGUGUCAGUGGCUGCAGUGAAUAGUGCUGGUACUGGACCUACCUCUACCCUCCCUGUAGAGACUCCACUUGGACUGACUGUAUCGGCCACUCCCUCAUCCUCUACCUCCCUCACCAUCUCAUGGGCACUGGAGGACAGUUUUACUGCAACCUCCUUCACCAUCUCUUACUCCAACACUAACACUGACUGUUUCACUCACUCCAGAAGUGAUAUCUCUGCUAGUGGGACAUCAUACACUCUGACUGAUCUAGAGGAGGCAACAGAGUAUUCUAUCAUUGUCACUGCCACUCUGACUGGAGGAGGGACUCAAGAAGGCAGCACCACAGCCACCACACUGACUGCUGUCCCAUCUGUACCUCCUCCUGGUGUGACUGUCACUGAUGUGAAUUCCUCCGCCAUCACUGUCCAGUGGGGGAGUGUACCAUGUAUCCAUCAGAAUGGAGCCAUCACAGGAUACUCAGUCCAGUAUGGAGUGGAGGGGAGUGGGAGCACACAGACUAUGACUAUUGAUGGAGCUAGUAUCACUCAGACCACAAUCACUGAUCUCGACCCAUCCACUACCUACUCCAUCCAAGUAGCGGCAGUCAACAGUGCUGGAACUGGAGUCUACAGUGAUCCAGAAACGACUGAAACUCUUCCAAGUGUGUACCUCAGUCUGAAUGGUAACAUCAUCGCUAGUCAUGGCUAUGUGGAUGUCAGUGAUGUUGGCUCCUCUGAUGACACUGCUCUACUGGUUAUCACUAACCGUCCUGGUACUCCUACUUUAGGAAACUGGUUUGCUCCAUCUGGGACCAGAGUAGAGGGUACUGAUGUUCCAGGAUUCAGCAGAAACAGAGGUCCUAUGGUAGUGAGACUGAAGAGGACCACUGGUACUGAUCCUGCAGCUGAAGGAAUAUAUCACUGUGUGGUAGUGGACAACACAGAAACUGAGCAGACAGUUUAUGUGGGAAUAUACAAUGGAGGAGGAGACAUUUCAAUAUCUGAAGACCUGACAGUGAAGUCAGACCUCAAUGGAGCCAGUCCUCAGUUCACCCUCACCUGUAUCUCCACUGGUGGACCUGCUACCACUGUCACUUGGACCAGAGACAAUGUCAAUAUCACUGGAGAGCAAAACGAGACUGUGUUGAAUGACCCAGUGACUGCACAGUACACCCACACUCUGACUGUGACUACUGCAGGAGUGUACAUGUGUAUGGUGUCUAAUAACAAGCCAUCUACUGCCUCAGCUAGCAUCACAUUGCAGGGUCCCCCAUCUCCCACUGAUGUGACAGCAGUCCAGGAUGGUCCCACUAGUAUCACAGUGACCUGGACUCCUCCCUCUCCACUGGGAGAUACCACUGGCUACAGGAUCUCCUUCACUGGAGGCAGUGAUGUGGAUAUUGAUGGUGGCUCUACCAACAGCUACACUCUGACUGGUCUCACCAAUGGACAGACAUACACCAUAUCCAUUGUAGCCACAUCUGAACACCUCUUCAGUGAUGCCACCACAUUUGAAAUCACACUAAUCCCAGCUCCAGGACAGGUGUUUGUGUCAGUGAGCUCCAUAACAGCCACCUCCAUCUCCCUCUCCUGGAGUGUGUCCAGUGGGAGGGUGGCCAGUUGGGAGGUGGUCUGGAGACCCACUGACAGAGGCACUGAGAGCACCAGUGGUCCUCUGUCUGGCACUACCUACACCAUCCACCAGUUGGACCCCUCCACUAUCUACACACUCACUGUAUCAGCCACUAAUGUAGCUGGAACCACUGACAGCACUCCCAUACUUUUCUCCACUGCCUCUGAUGUUUGCCAAGCAGAAAGCACUGAGACUAAGACAGACAACACAGGAGCUAUCAUUGGUGGAGUAGUGGCUGUGGCUGUUGGCACUUAUAGCUGCAGUGACGGUCAUAGUCAUUGUGGUUCUGAGAAGUCGAAGUGCAAAUUAUUCAACGCCAAAGACUAGAGGGUCAGUUGGUGCUCUGGCAACUACAAAUCAAUCAGUGGAGCUCUCCAAGUUCUCAGAGGCAACAUAUGUAGAUCCAGACCAGCUCCAGACCACCAGUAAUGAGGCCUACAAUGUAGUGAGAGGGACUGGAAGGACAGCUGAAGAUGAUUAUCAAGUACCACAAAACCUUCCUCCCACCACCACCUCUCAACCUACCACUACUGCCGGAGACUCCCUCUAUGAACCUGUCUAGGUGUGCGGUAGUAAUUAUUUUGCGCAUGCGGAGUUUUUCGUGAUGCGUAAUUGGCGUGUAUAAUAAUACUGAAUUUGGCGCUGGUGUUCUCUAUGAACCUGUGUGAAGUGUUAUGUGAUUAAUGGAAUUUAAUAGU